AUGGCAGCGUGGACGUUGGUACUGGAGACAGCGGUGGGGUCGUCACCGUCGGCGGUGAAGACAUGUGUCCUCGUCUCCCCUCGGGCACACACGCGGCACGGCGACGCCGGCUUGGUAACUAUGGAGAAUGAGAGGCAGCAGAACAACAAGGGAGAUGAUGAGUUAAUCUACCUGCCAUUGGACGUGGAAGAAUAUGAUAUGGAUGCUCUCAUGGGAGAAGAGGACCACUUGAACAAUGAUAAGGCUACGGGUGGCGAGGAACACAACAUCAACAAUGGGUCAUCAUCCAAGCGUUCCAAACGUUUCAAUGUGGAACAGCUUCAACAACUUGAAUCUUCGUUCCAAGAGUGUACACACCCAGAUGAUGCAAUGCGUCGGGAACUGGCUGCCAGGGUUGGCAUAGAAACAAGGCAGGUCAAGUUUUGGUUUCAAAACCGACGCACUCAGACGAAGGUGAAAUCCUAUGCAACUGAGAACAACAAAUUCCGGCAACAAAAUGCUGAUCUGCUCGCAGAGAACAUGGAACUCCAUAAAGAAUUGACAUGCAGCAGAUGUCGCGACCCAACAGCAGAGAAAUGGCAGCUGCUGGAUGAAAAUGCCAAGCUCAAGGAAAUGUGCCAGCGCGCCAAUGCAGAUCUGACCAAGCUCAUACAGGCGGCGGAUCGUCCUCCCUCUGUGACACCGGAGGAUCUGGCAUUAGUUACUUCCAUGAACCCAUUGUCCAGCAAUGUUGGUAACAGUAGCAGUAGCACCAAUAACCUGCAGGUUACACUUCUCUCAUAUGCUGAAUGUGCUAUCAAAGAGUUUGAUAUUCUAGCAAGGAACGGUCCCCCAUUGUGGCUGCCUAUCAUCGGUGGCAAUAUGCUCAACAUCCAGGAGUACACCCGCCUGAGAUUCCCAAGAUUACAUGGGAUCUGCCCACAGGGCUUUGUUGUGGAGGCCACCAGGGACACUGCCUUAGUCAGGGGAACAGCGUCAGACCUCUUAGGCAUCCUCACUAACGUGCCACGCUGGUUCGAGACGUUCCCUGGAAUUGUAGCAGCUGUACGGGACUACCACAACGUCUCUAGUGGCAUUUUUGGUUCAGGCAAUGGGCUAAUUCAGGAGAUAAAUGUAGAUCUGUCGGUGGAGUCACCAUGCCCACCACUUCGCAGCAUGAAAUUUUUGAGGAUUAGCAUGCAGACUGCAAAUGGGGACUUUGCUGUAGUGGACGUGUCCAUCAAUGGUGUUCAUGAACAAGAAGCAGGCAGCAAAAAUAAGCACACGAGCUGCAGGUUGCUGCCCUCUGGUUGUCUCAUUCAAGACAUGGGUGAUGGCCAUUGUCAGGUAACAUGGAUUGUCCAUGCGGAGUACAAUGAGACCAUUGUGCCACCAAUCUUUCGACAAUUCUUUGGGUCUGGGCAGGCCUUCGGCGCAAGCCGUUGGCUUGCAUCACUGAAGAGGCACUGUGAGUACAAGGCUGUUAUGCAUUCCAGCCAAGUUCCAACCGGUGGUGGAUUAGGGGUGGUCACCAUAUCUGCUCUGGGUAGAUGGAACCUCUUAGAUCUGGCACAGCGGAUGAUGGCGAUCUUUUACAAGACUACGUCUGCGAUGGCCACUGUGGAACCGGGCACCAUUGUUACCAUGUUCGGUGGCCGCAGGGGCUCUGCCGGCGAGAUGGUUGAGCCAGCCGUGCGCAUGGAACACCUCCAGAGCAUGUUUUCAACUACCUAUGCAAUGGGCAACGCCGUGGUGACUAAUGCAGCUAACAACACCGCGCUGCUCCUGCAACAGGAAAGCAUCGAUGUCUCAUGCGCACUAGUUGUGUUCAGCCUUGUUGAAAAGACCAUGAUUCAUUCCAUCAUGGGUGGUGGCCACAGCACUUCAAGCUUUGUCCUCCUGCCAUCUGGAUUCGCCAUCCUCCCAGAUGGCCAUGGCAGGCCUCACCAUGCUGCUGCCAACUCCUCCAGUAGUGCUCUUGCCGGACCAAACAACAGAACUCCUCCAGGAUGUCUUCUUACUGCAGCCUACCAGGUACAGGUGUCAUUCAAUAAUCUUGGUCACCCAGAUGUACAGGGGACCUUUGAGGAUGCUGGAAUGCGGAUCUGCCAAGCGAUAAAGAAGAUCAUGGCUGCCGUUGGAACGGAUCUUGUUGUCCCAGCCUAAUGUGCGCUUUAUUUGUCAGCCAAGCACACUGAGUGGUACCAUUUGGGUCAAGGUGGAGCAAAUUUUGCUCUAGUUUCUACAAGGGCUUUGUUUCUGAAAGACCUACCCGUGACUUUUGUAUCGUUUAAAUUAGUUUGUCAAGAUUUGAGAACCAU